AACACCACAAAAGAGACACAAAUAUAGAAAAAAAGUUACAAUAAAAAUGUUUCUAAACACGAAAAGAAAGGUCAAUUUGAAUGGAGUGAUCUUGAUGUUCUCUACCUUCUUUUGUGCUGUCUUUGCAACCAUUCAACUAAAUCCAAUAACUACAAGAGAAAAAAAUAAUCAAGUGCCUUGUAACACUCACGGUUCAAGGGCCGCAGUGAUUAAUGGUGGAGACACUAAGCUAUCGGUGGAACAACGAUUUAUGCGACCCCGUCCACCAAACGCUUAUUGCGUGCGGAUUGAGGCGUGCAGCGAACUGCUGACUACUUCUCCGAGCGUGGAAAAGUACGAGACACGACCAUUCAGUGUGGGCGGAUUCAACUGGACUUUUUUCCUCCAACCGUCCGGGAACAAGACAAAUUUAGGGACUUGGAUCUCUGCAUAUGUUACAAUAGAUCCUUCAGGUCUAGUUGGCGAAAAUCGCGAGGUUUAUGCAGAUCUCAAGUUUUUGGUGUAUAGCAAGGCUUACGAUCAGUACUUGACAUCUAUAGACACAGAGAUGAGGCGUUUCCAUCAAUUCAGAACAACUUGGGGGACUCCAAAUUUUAUCCGACAUUUUGAUUUUAAUGCUAAAGAUAAAGAGUACAUUUUCGACAAUGACCAAUGUGUAUUUGGUGUAGACAUCUCGGUUUAUCCUUACUUUAACAAAUGGGAAGUUUUGUCGAUCGAUAAAACGGUUUAUGGGCCUAAGUCAUGGAAGCUUAAGAAAUUCUCAACAUUGAUCAAAGACUUUUACAUGUCGGAUGAAUUCUCCAUCGGAGGAAAAAAAUGGGCACUUAAGGUGUAUCCAAACGGUAAUGGUACUGGAGAAGGAAACUCAUUGUCUCUUUAUGUGAUACUAAGUGGAAGCCAAACCUUGAAACCUUAUGAAAAGGUUUAUGUCCGAGCGAAGCUGCGUGUUCUGGACCAAAAACAAUCGAAACAUCUCGAAAAACCAAUUCUGACAUGGUUCAAUACCACGGGAGAAAGUGCGGGUUUCGACCAGUUCGUGUCUUUCACUGAUCUCCAAAAUCCAGCCAAAGGUUUCAUCGUGAAUGAUACUCUGUCCUUACAAGUUGAAUUCGAGGCUACCUCAUCAACUAAUUAUUAUUCUAUCAGUCCUGCUCAAUUUUUGAGUACUUUCUAAAUGUUCAAAUAAGAGGCUUCUUCGCAUGUAUGCAAAGCAAAUCUAUAAUAAUAUCAAAGUUGGAUU